AUGCCCCGAAUUCAAGAUACUGUGUUUGUCAUCACAGCGGGAAUUCGGGAUCUGCGGCGCAUACAGGAUCUCUAUGAGGCCAAAAAUACGUGGCAUUUUGGCCCAAAGGCUACUCCGCCGCUAGAGACCCUGUUCUUGAAAAACCAGGCGCAGCGAUUGUUGGUCGUUAACAAACAAGAUUUUCACGUUGUGCUGGCAUACUGCGAGUUCGCCAACCAUCCAAAUAUGCCGGUGCUGUCUAACGAUUUGUGGCUUCACUGGCUCAAUGUGCGAUUCUGCCUUGAUCUUCCCAUCACGCUGAUCAACACCAUCUUUUUCAAUUUCCUUAUCUGCAAGGAGGGUCAGCCUGACAUUCUCAGGCUGAUCAUAUUGGAGGUCUUUUAUAACGAGCACAAGCUCAACUAUAUAAUAGUGGUUAAGCCGCCGGAUUGUCCGCCAGGCCAAUAUGAUGCCGUUCAGGCUUUUGGAAAAACCUACUACCCCAAGUACUCCAAAGUCUCGGAGCAGAUGCAUCUUCCCUCGAUCAUCGUGAUCCAUCGACGGGACGUCAUGCCGUUCCUCUCCUUUCGCAAAGCCCUACCUGAGGAUAAUGACGACAUUGUCGAGAUGAUUGAUUCCGAAGAUCCGGAAUUGCGAAAAAAGCAUGGCGACUUUUACAUUGCAGAGCACCUGCUGAAUAUGGAAGAAUCUGACCAUAGUGAUAAUAUUAUUAUUGCUGAGUUCGAAGAAGAGAUCGCGGAAAACGUCAAGGGAGCGGGUUUAAUGUGGCUAUCGGAAUCCGUAGACAUUGAGCACCUGGCCAAGAACUUUCACCUCGAACGGUUGGGCAAUUUGGUGCGGUACACGCCGGGGAUCAAGCACGCCCGUGUGCUAUUUGAUGUGUUUUCAGUGGAACAAAAGUCCUAUAAGGAUUUAUACACUGAGACGCAAAUGGAAGAAAUAUAUAAGACACAUGUAGGUGAGAAAAACCCUGAAGGACCAACAAAAGCGAAGGAAGUGCUUUUCAGCAAGUACAAGCAUAUUUACGAGGAACUCCGCAAGGGAACUUACUAUAUGAAAGCCUUUAAGGACCAACUGGAGAUCGCUUUUGACUUGCCAGCCGGCGAGCACUCGCACAGCGAAAAUCGGGUGCAGUACUUGGGUAAGGCGAGCAAUGGGUUCCUGCUAAAGAUGUUCCAGUUGCAUCCACUGGUACGCUUUGAGUACACAUUUUAUUCCUUGUCGGCCAUGUUCAGUGCCUUUCCGAAUCACGAUUACUGUGUGACUAUGGUGCCUGGCACCGCGACCACAAGCCCUUGUCAGCGAGAACUGCUCCGGUUCUUCCUGCCGGUCGCCCAUCGUCCAAAUAGCGCCGUGGCCGAAAAUAUGUUCGUUGCGCACCGAAGUACCUUGUUUGGGGACCUUCGGGUACAACCAUUUGAAAGACGGGAGGUUGAUGAAAUCAGAACUUUGAUAAGCUCCCAGUCCAGGAAAAGGGACACCUUUUGUAAUGAUGAUGAUGAAUCUGAUGCUAAUAACAGGCUAGACUACUAUACAGCCGAAGUCUUGAACACUUUUGAAGAUAUUAUUGAGAAUAUCCUUGAGAAUCCAUUGUCCGAGUCGAGCUGUUUCACCAUUCGCUGCGGUCUAUCCAAGAAACACAUCGACUGUCCCUUGGUGGGCUUUCUGAUUCUGUGCCCCUUUCUGCUUUAUGAAGAUCUAAGCAGUAUGUUCAUGCUGCCACCAGAGCAGUUCCCCCUAACGCACAACCGUGGAGAGAUUGUCAUGUUCAAGCUGCACCCAUAUUUCCAGGUGUGGUGCAAUCCGAUCAUUCGCACGGUAGCUUUGUAUGAUAACUACCGAGAAUUGUACUACGUAAACCACUAUAAUGGAAUCUCGCUGCCCAACGAUUUGAUGUACAACAUGAUGCCCGUAGAACCUUGCCGCAUGAAGAAGAACCUAUUUGGUUACAAGUGCGUUUCGUACAAGCGAAAGACAUCGAGGAUGUCCCACGUCUCCAAUACGGAUUCGUGCGGCAGUCGCAUGCGGGUCUUUUGCCACAACCUUCAGCCCACCAAGCACUUGGGUGGCAAGAACUCACUGGUAAUCGUGGGCUUCUCCCAGAUCUGUCUAGCCUUCUUGCGGACCGUCAUCUUCGCCUGGAACUCUAAAGAUUUGUUAAAUUUUAAAAAGUACAACUGCCUGCCAAUGGUGGACAUUUCGGUGUUGGUGCCUCAUGGAAUUGUGGAAUCGGCCUACGAUUCCGAAUUUUUAUGCAGCUACUGUGGCGAAGAUGGCAGGAAUUGCUAUAUAAACACCGGAAACCAGAAUCCUUUUGUCAAGGAUGUAACGCACCGCAUGGAUGUGAGACAUUGGGUGCGUUUUGUUCCCGGGAUAUUGAAAAGAAUAAAUAGGCAGGAAAAGAUUCUACAUCUAUUGGAUGGCUGUAGCCUUCACUACGAGAAGCUGCUCCUUCUGGCUGGCAGUAAGUUUGGCUUUGAAGAUACGGUGUUCAACGGGCAUCCGACGCCGUUGAACUAUGUAACCACCAAUCACCGACUGGACAGGAUCAUUUUCUACCACAAGCUGCGGGAGAUGGUUGAGUCCGGGGAGUCCUAUAACAUCAUUGUCUACGGAUACGGACUAGUCGUCUACGAGUGCAUUAAUUUUUUGGUCACACAUGGUUGUGAGGCCAAUAAUAUUACGUAUGUACAGCCCCAUGUGCCAGCGGAGUUGGAGGAUGUGGGCAAUCCCGAUUUAGACGCUCGGCUGGACCCGAUUAUACUGGAAAUGGUAGGCGAUCUGGGAGUCACGAUUUACUUGUCCAACAACUACAGUCAAUUUAUUUUGAGUAAAGACAACUUGUUUAUUGAGAAGGUUCAGUUCGUUUCGGUUCCCAGCAAGAAAAUUACCGAGUUGAACUGCGAUCUGUUUGUCAACUACAACCCGAAUAAUAUGAGUACGGUUUUGGAGAAUGCACUCAAAGAAGCCGGAAUCGAAAUGAUCGACAGAAAGAUCGUGGUAAAUGCACGGUACAUCACUAAUGAUCGGAAUAUAUAUGCCUCUGGCAAUAUAGUCAUGUUGCCCAUCCCCAACUUUCAGUACACUUCAACUAGUCCGCAAGAGUGCGCUGAGAAACUGGCCUACGAACUGAACAUGGUAAAGAUUGUGAUGCAGUCGCGAUACUUGAGGCCAUUCGCUUUCACGGGCAUGCUGCCCAUGGGCUAUCAGAUCAUCAAGUUAAUCCAACCGAAGCCACAGCUAAUAGGUCAACUACCCGUUGACUACUCGGAGUCCAUGACCACCUACGAGAAUGGAGAGUUUUGCCGCAUUCGUCUCAACAAGAACAUGAUUGUCAUUGAGAUUGUCUGCGUUACUAAAUCGCCGAAAAGACUUUACUUCCUGGAGUACUUUUGUGGCAAGCAUGCUAUGCUGCUUAAUGAUCUGCACGCUCGUUUUCAAUCCGGUUGGAUUAAAAACUUCUUGCACUUCUUUCAACAGCCCUGGACGGAGCUUAUAAUGCACGACAGAUUCGAGGACCUGCAAUUGAAGAAUCGCCGCCUUUUGCUGUCCAUGCUGCUGAUGAACAACAAGGAUGCCAUUAAUGUCAGGAACAGUUUGGAAACCACACAGCGGCAGAAGCUGGAGGAGAAUGUAAUCGAUUUUGUACGCACCUAUCGCAAAGAUUUCGUCCACGAAUUUGCUCUGCCAGAGGAUUGGGGUGACUUUAGUCUAUGAUUUGGUUGUCAUUAGUUUUUGUAUAUUUCAAUACUCCAAUAUUUUAUUAAGUACAGAAAGAGCAGAACGAAUAGUUUCAAUAAAGGGUCGUAAAUUGAUAG